AGUGCACGUUGUCCUGAAAGUACAAGGGCGGGAAGGGAAACAAAGCGUAGCGGAGGACGAGAAGGAGGUAUGGAAGGAGGGAGGAAGCAGAGUGCAGUAGGAGGCGCCAUGCAGGAAGAGGUAUCGAAUUUUGGCCAAUCAAAAAAAAGGUGUCUUGUCUGUUCGUCAUUAACAUGUGGGUCUGUAAAUAGAGCGGGCGCGAGGCGGGCGCCAGUCAUUUUCUGUUCGUUUAUUCGAGAAGUAGCAUCAUGCCCGAUCCAGCCAAGACCGCGGCCAAGAAGGGAUCAAAGAAAGCCGUGACCAAGACGGCCGGCAAAGGAGGCAAGAAGCGCAGAAAGUCCCGGAAGGAGAGCUACGCCAUCUACGUGUACAAGGUCUUGAAGCAGGUGCACCCUGACACCGGUAUCUCAUCCAAGGCCAUGGGCAUCAUGAAUUCCUUCGUGAAUGAUAUUUUUGAGCGCAUCGCCGGUGAGUCUUCUCGUCUGGCUCAUUACAACAAGCGCUCCACCAUCACCUCCAGGGAGAUCCAGACCGCCGUGCGCCUGUUGCUUCCCGGCGAGCUGGCCAAGCACGCCGUGUCCGAGGGCACAAAGGCCGUCACCAAGUACACCAGCUCUAAGUAAAGCGCGUUACGUCUUUAUCAACCCAACGGCUCUUUUAAGAGCCACCCACUUUUCAUACAAAGAGUAAUUUUCUCUCUUUCGUUUUCUCUCUCGCUGUGUGUGUGAGAGGGGGAGGGGGACUUCUGAAGCGCUGCACUCCCGCGGAUGUUCAGGCUUUUGGGUAAUUCUAGCAGUCUGCUAAAUGCAGAGAUGAGUAAAUCUAAACAGGGUUAUAGCACGGUUUCGGGGGUUGUAUAAUCUGAGCAAUGCAAAAUGGGACUUUAGCAGCACAAAGUUAUUCGUAUUAAGAUUGUAGCAACAGGAAGUAGUUGAAAAUGGUUUUCUACUAGCACAUAAUCAUUCUACAUCAGGGGUGCCCAAACUUUUUCCUGUGAAGGGCCAAAAAUCAAACUUGAUUGAGGGCUGUGGGCCAAAAAUAAAUGUUGCAUUAUACCAAACUGUAUUAUAUUAAAAUUAAAG